CCUCCCAAAGUGUUGGGAUUACAGGCGUGAGCCACUGCACCUGGCAAGAAUGAGCAUCUCUGGACAUGUUGAAGAGCAGUUUCCAGUGUUUUCUUCAAUGUCUUGGUUCAAAGCCUUUGACCAUUUCUCGGAGUUUGGUGAUGGGAAGGACAGAGGCUGAGGAGAGGGGAAAACGUGGGGGAGUGGACUCCCACCCUCCCAGAUCCCGGAGAAGCCUCUGUGCAUUUGACAGCUGUGGACAUGGUGGCACACACAGUUAAGGUGGCACAGUGAGUCAGGGGCUGGCAUAGGUUGGAACCUGGUCCGCCUGACACCAGGUUCAGGUGAGAACUUCUCCCAGGCCACCCCUCCCCAGUAUCACUUUUGUCACUACUAACCCUCCAGUCUGCCUCAGGCCCCCGUCUGCUUCUGGAACCUCAGCCUCCUCCCCAUGUUGCCCACCCCAGACACCAGGCUCACUCCAGAGGGAAUUCUUGAGCCAGUGACCCUCUGCCCACACACCUGCCUUGGCUCCACAUGGACCUCUUCCCCUGCCACCAAUUCCUUCUAUCCUCUCCACUCCUAACCAUGCUAAUCCAGCCAGCUACAUUUUCUCAAGCUGCUGGGAGCCCUCCUCACUGUCCUCUCCAGCACAGAGGUGCCAUUGUGCAAGAACUCAGUGGGAGGGGCUUGGAGGAGCUUGGAGAGCCAAUUAUAGGUUUGAGGAAUCUUGGUGAACUCCUACUCAUGUGUUGAAGCCCCAUCUGUAAUGCCUCCUCCUCCAGGAAGCCUUCCAGGACCCUGUCUUUCCCUCUGGACCUUCCUUGACUGCAUGGGACUAUGAGUGUCUAUGUCCAACUCUGUCCUCCCUUAAGAUAGCUCCUUGAGGACCUGGUCAGGGCUGAGGCCUCUUGGGGGCCCAGCGUGGGUAAUGUUUGUUGAAUGAAUAAAUGACUGCAUGAGCUGGGAGCCAACUGAGCUGAGAUCGAGAAGCGAAUUGAUGAGGUGGCUGUCGGUUGGGGUGCUAAUAGAGGACAUGAAGUCACUGGGUUCUAGCAAGAGGGAAGCGGGACCCUGGGCCACCCCUCCCCCUUGCCCUCCAUCCACCUCUCAUGAGAACCUUGAGGCCCUGCAAGGGGGCGGAUCUCUGUCUUCAUUCUUCCCCUCUGCACUCCACCCAGAUACUAGUUCCUCUUCCCCCUGAGUCGCUGGGUGCAGAGCCAGAGGAACGCCGGCGACCCCAGCAGCGCUGCGGAGGGUGCUGGCCAUUGCGGCCCCCGUGUCCAGGUGGGCCAGGACGCAGCCUCUGGGCGCCGUCGCUUUUCCAGCACUACCAAGGCAAAAGUGUGGCAGUAGGACCCAAAAGGUUGCUUGAAUGGGGGGCACCCUGGCAUGGACGCUGCUGUUGCCGCUGCUGCUGCAGGAGUCAGACAGCCAGGAACCGUCAUGCACCAUGCCCUCCACGGAUGUGGACUGGAACACGGAGUUCAGUGCCACGUGCCUGAAUUUCAGUGGCCGUGGCCUGAGCCUGCCCCUCAACCAGUCUCUGCGGGCCAGCAACGUGCUUCUCCUUGACCUGUCUGGGAACGGCCUGCGAGAGCUUCCAGUGACCUUCUUUGCCCACCUGCAGAAGCUUGAGGUCCUGAACCUGCUACACAACCCGCUGUCCCGUGUGGAUGGGGCGCUGGCUGCCCGCUGUGACCUUGACCUGAGGGCUGACUGCAGCUGUGCCCUGGAGUCCUGGCACGAGGUCCGGCGAGACAACUGCUCUGGCCAGAAGCCUCUGCUCUGCUGGGACACAACCAGCUUCCAGCACAACCUCUCUGCCUUCCUGGAGGUCAGCUGCGCCCCCGGCCUGGCCCCUGCAACCAUUGGGGCAGUGGCAGUCAGUGGGUGCCUGCUUCUCGGGCUUGCCAUCGCUGGCCCUGUGCUGGCCUGGAGACUCUGGCGAUGCCGAGUGGCCAGGAGCCGGGACCUGGACAAGCCCUGGCCUGCUCAGGAUAGGCCCAAGCCCAGUUUAGGCUUGCAACCACGGUAUGGCAGCCGGAGCACCCCCAAGCCCCAAGUGGUCACGCCACCCCGCCCCUCCACUCCUGACUAUGAGAACAUGUUUGUGGGCCAGCCAGCAGCCGAGCACCAGUGGGCUGAACAAGGGGCUCACCCUUCAGAGGACAAUGACUUUUACAUGAACUACAAGGACAUCGACCUGGCCUCCCAGCCUGUCUACUGUAACCUGCAGGCACUGGGCCAGGCCCCGAUGGAUGAAGAGGAGUACGUGAUCCCUGGGCGCUGAGCCUAAGACGUCCCAACCUCCACCCAGACCCCCUUCGGUCCCUGCUGGGUGACUCAGGGCAUCCUAACUCCUCCCGGGCCUCAGUUUCCCCAUCUGAAGAAUGGGGACAGAAAAGGAUCCAUGAGGCCCCAGGAAGCUCUGCCGCCCCCUCCCUGUCCCCUAUGCCGCUCCUCAGCCCGCUCGGCUCCUAGAGGGGGAAGAGGAGAGACCCCCAACAAGGGGACAGGAGGGUCACUGUGUGAAUCCUGUCGUCAUCCUCCUGUGGAUGUUCAGGCAGUGCUCAAUAAAUGCUUUGAGGCUGAUGAGGCUGCUGGCUCAGGGUGAGUGGGUUCCUCAAGGUGGGGAUUUCUGAGUUCUAAGACCAAGUCUCCAUCUGAGACUCCCAAAUUGCUCCCCACCUCCCAUCCCUGUUUUGUUUUGGUUUUUGUUGUUGUUGUUGUUUUGUUUGUUUGUUUGUUUUUGAGUCCGAGUCUCACUCUGUCACCCAGGCUGGAGUGCAGUAGUGCGAUCUCGGCUCACUGCAACCUCCGCCUCCUGGGUUCAAGUGAUUCUCCUGCCUCAGCCUCCCAAGUAACUGGGAUUACAGGCACCUGCCACAAUGCCCAGCUAAUUUUUGUAUUUUUAAUAGAGACGGGGUUUCGCCAUGUUGGCUAGGCUGGUCUCGAACUCCUGACCUCAAGUGAUCUGCCCACCUCGGCCUCCCGAAGUGCUGGGAUUAUAGGCGUGGCCACCGUGCCCGACCACAUUCCUCCCUUCUGCCCCUCUCAGGGCCCCUUCCCAGGUUCCUGAUCUCCAGGUUUGGCCCCCAGUGCAGCCCACACCACCCCCAAAAUAAAAAUGUAUAUAUAUUGCUUUAGCUCUAA